UUUAAAGCUCACGGCAACAUAAUGUUCUUUCUUUUUUCUUUUCUCUCUUCAGAAACAUGAGUUCCAAAAGCUUCCAGAAUGAAGUCACCUGUUCCCUAUGUGUGAAGUAUUUCAUAGACCCAGUCACACUGGGCUCUGGACACAGCUUCUGUAUGCCAUGUCUCUGUCUCUACUGGGAGGAAGGCGAACGGCCUCCUCACUGCCCUGUGUGCAAGGAAACAUCCCAUCAACUGAACCUGAAAACCAACACUGAUUUGAGGAAACUGGUAUUUCUUGCCAGACAGAAAGGACUCUAUGACUUACCCAAUCGUGCAGGAGAGAUAUGUGAGAUACACAGAUAUACCAAGAAAUUCUUCUGUAAAGUCACCAAGGAUGUGCGUUGUUUACUCUGCUGUAUGUCUGAGCAGCAGGGCACUCCCAGGCAUGGUUCCCUUCAGUGGACGGCUGAGGAAUACCGGCAAAAGCUUCUGAACAUAAUGAGGUCCAUGUGGAAAAAGAUACAAGAAAAUAAAAGAAAUCUGAACAGAGAAACCAACAAAAUCAGAACAUGGGAUAUAAGCAAGAAAUUCUAUUUCAUUCAGCACAGAAUUGGGACACAUGAUGUUUAUUCUAAACCUACGUUUGAACUAAAUAUUCUAAUGUUUAUGUUUCAAUAUGGGUGA